AUGGGCAUGCCCAUCAGGCGUAGCUUUUCCGCAAGACACCUACCACCAUCACAAAGAGUCUCUUCUGAGGAAGAGAAGAAGAGAGGAUCGCCACAGCCGCCAUCAGUUUCAUCGCCUUUGAGGACGAGUCCUGUAAGGACGCACAACGCCACAUCAGGGGCCGCUUUCAAGACUUCCUCAUCCUCGCCAACGAAGGCAGGACCCUCGCUACAACCGACCCAGACCAAAUGCCAGGACACGAAGCCGAUCAUAAUAAUCGACGACGACAAGCCGAAUGAUCUGAAGCGAGAACGAUGA